CAUGGGGAACAUCUUCGCCAACCUCUUCAAGGGCCUUUUUGGCAAAAAGGAAAUGCGUAUCCUCAUGGUGGGCCUGGAUGCUGCGGGGAAGACCACUAUCCUGUACAAGCUAAAGCUGGGUGAGAUCGUGACCACCAUUCCCACCAUAGGCUUCAAUGUGGAAACCAUGAAGUACAAGAACAUCAGCUUCAGUAUGUGGGACAUGGGUGGCCAGGACAAAAUCUGGCCUCUGUGGCACCACUACUUCCAGAACACACAAGGCCUGAUCUUCGUGGUGGAUAGAAAUGAUAGAGAGCAUGUGAAUGAGGCCCGUGAGGAGCUCAUGAGGAUGCUGGCUGAGGAUGAGCUCUGGGAUGGUGUCCUCCUAGUGUUCACCAACAAGCAGGACGUCUCCAACGCCAUGAACGUGGCCGAGAUCACAGACAAGCUGGGCCUGCACUCCCUACACCACAGGAACUGGUACAUUCAGGCCACCUGUGCCACCAGUGGUGACGGGCUGUAUGAACGACUGGACUGGCUGUCCAAUCAGCUCCAGAACCAGAAGUGAAUGCAACCCCCUCCCUCUCACUCCUCUCACCCUCUGCUUUACUCUCAUGUGGCAAAC